GUUGAUCCUCUGGUGUAGCUGCAUCCUGAGUGACACGAGUGCGAGUGUAGUAGGUACGCCUCUGCACGGAUCCCCUUUGUUCGCGUUGAGGCGGGGUGACGAGGAGUGCGAGUGUGGUGCCCUACGAGUGCGAGUGCGAACUUGGUGGUCUUUGAGUGUGUCUGGACUCCUCGAGACUGAGGAGGCACACGAGUUUUCGGCGUCUCAUCGAAAAGAAGCAGAGAAUUUUCAACGAAAUGUCGAGCCCGAGAAGCAUCGGUGGAUCUAUUCGCGAAGGUACGAGAGUCGUGCUGAAAGAGAUCACAGCGACCCUCCACAAUUCGACACAGAAUCAUCUUCUUCGGCGAAAGAGCGGCGGCGGCGGCGGCGGAGGCGGCGGCGGCAACGGCAACGACAGUCCCGUGCCGAAGACACCGGAGCAUGAAGUCAAGGUUCGCUUCACCCGCGAAUUCGCCGACGUAGGACCGGUCGUUACCUGCUCGGUCUCGGAAAGCCUGUCGUCGGCCAGUAGCUUCCACAGCCUCAGCAGCACCCUCAGCACCAAGAGCAGCAGCGGCAUAUGCCCGGAUUCGUCGUUCGACGCUUCUUACACGAACUCCAACAUUCCCGGUGUGGAGGACCUGAUCCUCGCUUGCGCCGAUAUCCACCUGAGGGACGAGGUGUUUGAGAACGCACCCGCCGCCAACAUUUCGGUGCAGGAUUUCAACCUCAGUCAGGAUCAGACGUUCACGUCAGCCACGGACGAGUCGCAGCUUCACACGAAUGACUUUUCCUUCAACGAGAACUUGCUGAAGUUCGACAACAUCGACGUUGCGGCCGCUGACAGUGAGGAGACGCAGCUGAUCGAGAAGACGAAGUCUUCUCAGUUGCUCAACACGACGCACGAAGUGUUGCUGAAUCAGACACAUACCUCGGAGUCCAGCAGUAGCAGCACGCUUCCGCUUGAUGAGAAGGAGUCCGUGGCUGCCAUCGAAGAAGAAUACGUGUCGCAGACGGAAGAAAAGCCAACUGAGAAGCUCGUUGCGUCGCAGGAGAGUGAUGAUAUAGCGAGUGAAGCUGAGACGCGCAGCUCGGUCACGAGCAGCACGAUCAAGGACUCGUCGGUCGCGAGUAAUGUAGACGGUGAUCAAUUGUACGCAACGGCUACCCUCUCACCUGAUAAUUCGUUCGCUAGUGUGGCCACAGUCAAUGACGAACAGACCGUAGAAAGUCAGCACAGUGCCGAGACACUGUCGGAAGACUUCGAAUCGUGUGCCACCCAUAUCUCCGCUCCGUCCACUUCGGAGGUUCUGUUGGCACAAUAUGCGGAGAAUCCGUGCUCGAUACCCAACAUAUCCGACAUAUCGUCGCCGUUAGAGAACACCGAAAACAACAGAAAGAAUAACAGCGCGCACGACUUAUCGGGAGUCGUCGCGAGAGACGUAUCAGAGUCAACGGCGGCGUUAUCGCCCGUGGAUGAUACCAAUCAGAAAUUAUUUACACCGAUAACUGUAAAUAGCUCUGACGUUCGAGCAGAAGGUAGCGAAGUUGGUGAGGAAGCACAAGAUUCGUUGCAGUUGGAUAAACUGGCAAGUGUCACCCAGUUGUUGAGCGAGACCACCGGUAUCACGGAAUCGGGAACGUCAGAAAUUUCGAAGGAGAACCUGCAAACUAGCCUCGACACGCAAGAUUCGGCAGCGAGGAGUAGCGCGGACGAUACUUUUGCAUCCAAGGAAGACAUCAUCAUAUCGAACGAGAACAGGGUCGUGGAACAACAUCGUGACCCGUCAGAAACUAUAGUUAUACAGAGGAAGGAGGAUCUCGUGGACAGUGCAGCUUCGACGGUUGCAAAGAAGAAGAGCUUCGUCAACGAGAGCCUCGACCGUACGCUUACGUUGCAAGAGGUCGAUCUAGACUUCGCGGCCGCGUCAAGUGACGACCAGUACUUAGAUUUCAAACCCCAACGACAGAGCACCACGUUAACGUUACCCAAGGAAAAGCCUAACUUUGAGGAAUUCAAAUCUACGGCGGAGAAAGUCACUAAUGAUCUGCUCAAUUCCUCGCUGGAAUUCGCGGAGGAAACAGAUACGUUUGUCAGUGCAACAUCCACGAUUUUCCAAGACCCCUCGACGUUUGACUUCUUGCUAGCGCGCAGUAACUCCAGGCAUGCGGUGGUAGACCGCCUCAGGAAGGAAUCUUUGUAUGUUAAAUUUGACCCAUUGGUAUCGAAUGCCAGCAUGUUGCCUCAAGGGAACGCUCAAUCGAUUAACGAAAAGCAGAAUGAGAAAAAUGAAUCGCCCCUUCCCAACGUCGGUACACCAAAACGUAAUCCUGCCAUAGCGGCUAUAGACAGGCUGCUCUUUUAUAGUCCUCUGCCUAGUGGAACGAUGCAGAAGUUGGAGGAAGCUCAGGAAAAAAAUGAGCAACCGGUAGAAGAGCCUAAGUCCGACGCACCGCUUAUUGCCGAUAUAAAUAUAGCCGAGGAACUUGAACUUGUAAGGUCGACGGUACUGCGAUUAGAGGACGAAUUGGAGAAGCAAAAGAAACACGAAGUGGAUUUGGAGAAGCAAAAAGCAACCUUUCAGGAGAAAAUUAAUAAGCUGCAAGCACAAGUAGCACAAGAAGUAAAGAUGAAAACUCAAAUGAGUGUCGUCGUGGAGGAAUACGAGAAGUCGAUCAGCAGAUUACUUACUGAGCGGGAGAGGGAUCGUACAAACUUCGAACAAGAGAAGGCAAAAUUGCAAGAGGAACUGCAAGCUGCGAAUCACCAUUUGACUAAUACGGAGGCAGCGUUCAAUGAUGUACACCAAAAAUACGAGAGGCUCAAAGGGGUUGUGUCAGUGUAUAAAAAUAACGAAGCUGUAUUAAAAGAAAGUAUACAGGAGAAUGUAGAUACUAUAAAGACGUUGGAAACGCGAUACGAUCAACUGAAGGACCACGCAAUGGCUCAGCUAGAGAAAGCUAAUCUAGAGUUGGAUGGAAUACGAAAGCAGAACGAAGCGGAGACGGUGAAACUACACGCGAUGAUAAGAAAAGCGGAGCUCAAGAGCAAUUCGCUCGCAGAGCUUGUGGAACAGAAGACUAAGGAGAACAAAGAACUCGCGAAAAUUCUAGAUGAGGUCAUUGCCAGGGUCGGCCACGGAAAUCAAGAGUGAAAAUAAUCGUAACGAAGUAUCGCGAUUAGUCUUUAUUUUUUUACUCGUCCUCACUUAGAUAUAAUUAUAUGUUAGAUGUGAUUGAUGUAUGUAUACAUGCGUUAAUUCGUCGAGUUAUCAAUUGCAAAUUUCGUUUCACUUCGAAAAAGCGUCCUUUAUUAAUUAUUUAUAAGUUGUGACAUAUAACUAUUUUAAAGCUAAUAAAAUUACGCAUAUUAAAAACA